AUGGAGGGACAAAUGUUUCUCAUCUGGCUUGAAAACACCAAGAUCCCCUCAAAGGAGCCGGCCCAAGCGGGAAGUCUGGGUCUCAGCUCAGGCUGCUGCACCAGUGACCUGCCCCCGGAUAACCGGAGCACCAGUGACCUGCCCCCGGAUAACCGGAGCACCAGUGACCUGACCCCGGAUAACCGGAGCACCAGUGACCUGACCCCGGAUAACCGGAGCACCAGUGACCUGCCCCCGGAUAACCGGAGCACCAGUGACCUGCCCCCGGAUAACCGGAGCACCAGUGACCUGACCCCGGAUAACCGGAGCACCAGUGACCUGACCCCGGAUAACCGGAGCACCAGUGACCUGACCCCGGAUAACCGGAGCACCAGUGACCUGACCCCGGAUAACCGGAGCACCAGUGACCUGACCCCGGAUAACCGGAGCACCAGUGACCUGACCCCGGAUAACCGGAGCACCAGUGACCUGACCCCGGAUAACCGGAGCACCAGUGACCUGACCCCGGAUAACCGGAGCACCAGUGACCUGACCCCGGAUAACCGGACGGAUGGAUGGAAUCAAGAAAAGGAAGCAAAAUUAGCGAUGGAUCAAGUUUCAAAGGGAACUUUAUUUACACCGCAGAGAUAUAAGAAAUCCUACUGA